GGUUUUGAUCCAUAGGUCCUUUAGCGCAGCGCCAUGGCAGCUCAAGGAUCUCCACCGAGAUACCCGCAGUGGCCCAGUCCCACCAAGUACCCGCAGAGGCCCAGUCCCACCAAGUACCCGCAGAGGCCCAGUCCCACCAUCAAUGUUCAGGCGAUGCCACCCCAACCUGUUCCCGUGGGCGUCACUUCGCAAGGUACCUUUCGGCCGCAGGUGAACGCCGUUGCCCGCUUCGUCGAGGCCUCGAGGUCACGGCCGGUCUACACAGACUUCCGCGCGCCGCUGUCACCUGGGAAGAUCUUCAGGCAAGCUCCGGGAGUGCCCUUUCAAGCAGGCAGCGCCCGACUUCCCUGGCAAGCACCAGCGCCGGAUCUUCGGCCGCACACGGAUCGACCGGUUCUACGCUUUCACACCCCGACGAAAUCGCCAGAGCCGCGAGUGGAUCCAAUUGCCAGAGUGCGGACAGGGGAGCGGAGUCCAGAUGCGAAAGCCGCUCCAAAGGAGGCUCGGACCCAGAACUUAGAUCCCAAAGGUCAGCCUGACGGAGCUCCGGACGCGUCCACUUCAGGCAUCCCCGCAACCUCCAUGGCGCCGUUUGAGGCGCCGGAGGUGCCAACAGAGGCUCCGCAGGAGACGCUACAGGAGACGCCACGAAAGACGACACAGGAGACAACAGAGGAGACGCCACAGGAGACGACAGAGGAGACGCCACAGGAGGUUCCGCAGGCGGUAGCGAGUGCGUUGGAGGAUGCGUCGGAGAUGGAGGAAAGUCCCACAGUACACCGCGCUGGGCUCUCCCUACCGAAGGAGGCGGUACAGAGACAGGGGACGCUUCCUGACGAGCCACCACAUUCCAGCGGCGUUUCCGUGAAGGUGUCCACCUUCAAGAAGGAGUCCGCUUGCUGUAGCGGCCUGGCCUCGUGCAUGGAAGGCAUCUCUGGAUUGUUCUCCUUCAGGAGCUUCACCGACGAGCGAGAUAAGUUUGAGCAGAUCGUCACUUUCCUUGGCUCUGUGCCACUCUUCAAGAAGCAGCUGCCACCCUCCGAGUGGCCCAAGGUGGCUCAGCUGCUGGAGAAGAAUACUUGGAAGCCAGACACGAAGCUUGUCACCCAAGGUGACCUUGGAACGACGUUUUUCAUGAUCUACUCGGGGCAAGCUGUGCUGAUGGUGCGAGAUGACCAGGGCGAGGAGCACGAGGGUGCUUUGCUGAGCGCUGGUGACUACAUCGGAGGUCGUGCCAUCGUCACAGAGCAGAGGCACAUGGCCACCGUCAUCGCUGCGGGCCCAGACGACCUGGUGACGCUCUCCAUGUCGAAGCAGGUCUUUGAGGAGUCCGGGCUCAAGUCUUGCCUCCACUUCCCAAAGCGACCGGCCAUUGAGAUGGGAGGCAGCGCGUCAGCCGCAACCUUGGCGCCAACCACUCCUCUGUCGCCCAAGAAGAAUGCCUCGUUCGGAGGCAAGAUCACGGAGAAGCAGCAGGAGUUCAUCAUCCGCGCCAUGAAGCACAACCCCAACUUCAGGGCCUUUGUGGAUGAAACCGAGCUCGGCGAGGAUGCCAUGAAGGAUGUCGUGUCCCAUUCGGAGGAGCGAUGCAUCCCGGCGGGGAAGGCAGCUGCCACCUUCGGGGACCUGGGCCACGAGUUCUUUGUCAUUGAGAAAGGCAGCAUCGAAGUGGUUAUCACCAGCGGCUCGAGUGGCCAAAAGUCUGCCGCAGCUGCGGCCGCCACCUUCUCACUGGCAGAUCGCAUCAGAAGGAAGCAGGACUUUCUGAUGAAGCUGCACAUACCUGUGGUAGACAAGAGAAAGAAGAAGAUCAAUCGCAGCUGCUCUGUCUUGACGAAGGAUCCUCGCCUGGAGGAUGAAAUGGAAAAGAAAGCGAAAGGCUUUCGCAGGAGUCCCAGCUUCGGAGACAGGAUCGGGAACUUUGCGGCGGCGUCCCUGCGUGGCGAUCGCGGUCUAGGCCGCAUCGCCUCCCUCGAUCAGCCAGAGCCCAGGGAGAAGGUGAUCAGCGCCUUGCACGCCGGGGACAGCUUCGGGGAGUUGUCCCUGAUGUACAACAUCCGGAGAGAGGCCACCUUCCGUGCGGCGGAGGACACCCAGCUGCUGGUCAUUAACCGCAAGGUCUUUAAGGAGAUCACAGGCCGUGACAAUGGCCGGCGGAAGUUUAAGGAGUACUGCGACCUGGUGGAUGAGGUCGAUUCAUUGACCCCACUGCUCAGGUCUCAGAGGAUGGAGUUGGCGGCCUACGCACAGGACCUGGUGGAUUUCGAGCCUGGGCGACGGGUGCUUUUCCAAGGCAAAGUGCGCCAGAAGCCGCUUUGGUAUGUAAUCCAUUCCGGCUCUGCCAUCCUGAGCCAGGAAGACCAGCACACCUGCCGCAAGAUUGCUGAGCUGUCGCGAGGCAGCAGCUUCGGUGAGCGGUCCUUGAUGAAGGCGAAAGUCACCGGCCAGUGCAUCUCCGAGGUGAGCGUGGACGCAGGGCCCGGAGGUCUCAAAUGCUUGACCUUUGAUGGAGAUCUGAUUUGCGAUAUUUUUAGCAGCCUUGCCGGUAGUGAUGCAUCCCUGCUGCCCAGUGUGGAAUGCGAUGCCAGUCAGUGGGAACAACAAAAGGGGAGUACCUGCCGCUCUCUUCAGAAAGCUCAAUGUAAGAGUGAUCUCAAUUCCUUGCACGAGCUUUGCCGUCUAGGGCAGGGUGCGUUCGGCACCGUUUUCCUUGUGAAGGACGAUGAAGCACGCCGCAGAUAUGCGCUCAAGCGAGUCUCGAAGGGUCACUCCGCGCGGAUGGGGACUUGCCAAUCACUUUGCUGGGAGCGGGAUUUGCUGAACAUGCUCGACAGCAACUUCAUUGUACGUUUGCACAGGACGUUGAAGGAUCAGCAGUUCGUGUACUUUCUCCUGGAAGCCGCCUUGGGCGGUGAUCUCUAUGGGAUGUUCAACUCCCAUCAAGAGAUCUUCCUGAACGACGAGCCGCGGGGUUCCACUUCGGCCUUCUAUGCAGGUUGCGUGAUCGCAGCGCUGGAGCAUUUGCACGAAAGAAAGAUCAUCUAUCGGGAUCUGAAGCCAGAGAACAUCAUGCUCGACACCAGAGGUUACGGGAAAAUCUGUGACAUGGGCCUCGCCCGGUUUGUGGUGGGUAAGACCAACACACAGGCUGGGACUCCAGAUUAUAUGGCGCCUGAGAUGAUUGAUCCUCCCCAUUACCACGACAACUCGGCUGACUGGUGGUCUUUGGGUGUUCUCGUCUACGAAAUGAUGUGUCAGCAGCUGCCUUUCGAGGACGAUGAGCUCGAAGACACCGGCGAGCGGCUUUUGGCGAUCCGCCGAAGUCAGGAGAUGCGGCUGGACUUCCCCGCGACUUGCCCUGCAGGGGGCAGGGCCUUCAUCGCCAAGCUUCUGCGGAAGCUGCCACACCGGCUAGGGGCGCAGGGCGGUGCCGAGGAGGUCCGCGCGCACUACUUCUGGCAAGGCUUCGACUUCGGGUCGCUGCAUCAGCAAGCGAUGAAGAGCCCGGUGGAGCGGCCAUGGGCAGGCCAAGCUGAAACUCCGGCAGAGGUGAAAUCGCCAUGGCACCGUGGUGGAUCAUGCUUGAGUCCGGGGGAGGAGGAGAUUUUCGAGGAGUACGCGGAAGAUGGAAGCAAUUGGGAUCGUGAAUUUUGAUUCCAAGCGCUCAUGGGUCUGACUCACAAGGCGGCGUGUAGGCCGCCAGAGUGCACUGAAGCUCGAGCCUUGCCCGAAGGGCAUUGCCGUGAUGAUCCGUUCCGCUUGCCCUCACACCGUCGCAUUGUUUUGCCCGGCUGCUAUUGCUUUUCCUUGCAGCCGGGUAAAUUUGCAGAAAUCAAAUGCGCACAUCGCGCACGCCACAGGGCCACGUGCAAGUAUGUUCCCUUUGCACUUGGCUCCGCUGUUCAAGCAGCGCAUGCAAGUGCUACAGAUGCUCGUUUUGCAAGCAACAUGGC